AUGAGGAAGGAGAUGGACGAACUGAGGAGCGCCAUUAAGGAGAAGACGGACCGAAGCGUAGACAAAAUGGUAAGGGCCACAGAUUCGCCUUUCACCACGGCGGUACUUGAAUGCCCUAUACUAUCGAAGUUUCGCUUACCUCAACUUGAGCCGUUUGACGGACUCAGAGACCCUCAGGAUCACCUUAAUACCUUCAAGAUGACUCUAGGUCUUCAACAGCCACCGAACGAAAUACUGUGUCGGUCCUUUCCCACCACUCUCAAAGGAGCUGCAAGGGAAUGGUUCACAAAGCUGCCGACUUCGUCCGUAGAUAGCUUCGAGCAGUUGAGCAAUGCCUUCUUGCGCCAUUUCAUAGGGGGACAGCGUCCAAAGAGGUCGGCAGACCUCUUACUCAUCAUUAGGCAGGGAGAGAAGGAAACUCUGAGGUCGUACGUGAAACGCUUUAUUCAGGAGACUUUGGAGGUGGACGAAGGCGAUGACAAGGUGCAGCUGACGACCUUCAAAGCAGGACUGAGAUCCAGAGAUCUCGUGGCCUCCCUCGCAAAGAAUCCACCAAAAACGAUGGCAGAAAUGCUCCUGAAGGCACAGAAGUGCAUGAAUGCUGAGGAUGCUUUAGCAGCCAUAAAGGAUGUAGGGAAGUUAGGAGACAAGGCAAAGAAAGAAGAUGACCGUAGGGGUCAAAAGAGAGAGCGUCUAGAUCGUCGGAACAAUGACGGGAAUAGGAAGAGAGAUGAUAAAGGUCCUCAGACUGUAAGAUUUACUCCUUUAGUUAUGCCUGUUGACAAAAUUUUAACGCAGAUCAAGGACGAGCAUAAUCUCAAAUGGCCAAGACCAUUGCACUCAUCCCCCAAUGUCCGUGACAAGAACAAGUACUGCCAAUUCCAUAAAGAUCACGACCAUAACACGGAAGAUUGUAGAGACCUAAAGGAGCAGAUAGAGGAGUUGAUACGAAAAGGGAAAUUACAGAAAUAUGUGAAGAAGGGAGAAUAUAGUAAGUUCAGGGACGGUAACAAGAACUAG